AUGGCGGACGUCAAGCACUUCGUCCUCCACGUACGUCAGCGCCUCGACGCGCUCUCGUACGAACACCACUCGCAGUACCUCUCGGGUCUGCUGCAUGCGACGCCGUACAUGCACUCCGUCUCCACGCCGUCGGCCUCGUGUCCGCCGCGCGUGCUGCCCGUUGCAGUGCACACACCGACAAAGCCGUCGCCAGUAGCGUCGCUGCUCAAGUGCGUGGGCCUAUCGGCGUUCUACGCGCGGCUCGUGCUGCUGCUGGGCACGGGAUGGCUCGUGGCAAUGGUCGGCAUCUUUACGUUCGUGUCGGCGCGGCCGGCGCCCGAAGAAGACAUUGUGGGCACAAGUCCCGCGCAAGUGAUUCUGCUCUUUGGCGUCUACUUUAUCGGCGGCGCCGUGGGCGCUGUGGCGGGUGGCGCGGGGGCGGACUAUUUUGGGCGCAAACCCAUUCUACUGGCGGCUUUGGGGUUUGGGCUCGUAACCACAGCGAUGACGGCCGGUGCGUGGAACGACGUGUCGUUCAUGACGUUGCGCCUGUUGUCGGGCGUUGGCAUUGGCGGUCAAUUUGCACUGCUGGCGACGCUGGCGCUCGAGUAUACGCCCACGCGCACGAGAGGACGCAUCACGGUCUUGACGGUAUCGAUGGCUGGACUUGGCGUGUUGAGUGGCGUGGGGUACGGCCAAUGGGCUGGACCUGCGAUCGACAAAGGAGGUAUCGGGUGGCGAUCAACGUGCGGCAUUCUCAGUGCGAUGGUGCUGCUCUUCACUGCAGUGCUUUAUCGGUCGUUAGAAGAGUCGCCCAAGUACUUAGCAAGUGUCGGUCGCACGGACGAAGCGCUGGGCAUUAUCGAGAGAAUUGAGACAGCGCAUGGCAUCAGUCGACAGGCUCGAGUGACGGUCCCCACGAGUUUGUAUCAACCGCCGUCGCUGCAGCAGCAGCACUCUGUGAGCUAUGAACAAUAUGUGGAAAGCAGCUCAGACUCGGACGGUGACUUGGAGGUGGGGCUGCAUCGAGGGAAUGCACAGGACAACGAGCUGUCAAGCAGAGAAGUACGGGUCGCAUCACAUGUCAGCUAUAACUACGCAGGUCCUGGAGCAGCAGAAGCCCGAAGUCGCAGCCAGCGGUUUUCGGCAAGAAGAAUGCAGAGCCGGCACCAGUACCAGCUCGAUGACCGCUUGCCAGCUUCUGGUGGUCCAGACGGGCUCCCAGAUGCACUUGCUUCAGCUGUGAAUGGAUCAUUUUUGCAAGUACUUGCUUGUCGGGCUGUCGCGCUGUUUUCCGGAGCACUUGCUGUUCGAACAGCGGCUAUCUGGUUCUACUGGUUUGCACAGAUGAUGAGCUUGAGUGCAGCGAUUGUGACGGCCUCGGUGAUGGCCAAGACGUUCCUCCAGGUCAACCAGAGCGGGACAAGUUUCGGCGCCGGUGAUCAGCUCUUUUGGUCAGGCAUGACCGUUCCCGGCUUGUUGCUCGCUGCUACAAUGGUGGAAAGUGUGGGCAGACGCAGCACAUUGGCUUUGUUUGUAUCAUGUGGAGGUGUCAUCUUGUUACUGUCAGCUCUGCUGCUGAAAGAAGAUGGAAACUGGAUCGGUUUAUCACUGGCGUUGGGAGCUAUCGUGUUGACAACAAGUGGUACGCUCGGCGCGCUCACGCUCCUCACUGGCGAGCAGUUCAGUAUUUAUACUCGAGCCAUCGGCCUUUCAUGUGCUAUCGCCUGGGGCCACUUGGGUAUGUUUGCUGGUGCGUAUCUCGUGCUCCAGCGGGUCAUACGUGACGAUACUUGGACAUGGCACGACGAGCGUGUGGUGUUGGCUCUCUGUGGCGGGGCUUCACUUUUGCUGCUUCCCGUCAUUCUUCUAAUGGGACCGGAGACACGUGGGCUGGACAUCGAUGCUAUAUGGCUCGACGACAACAGCGAUCUCGUAGACAAUGGGCUCUCGGCGAUGCCUAAUGACCGCUCGAAACUGAUUGAUGCACGACACAGCGGCAAUGGCAAUGACAGCAGUCGCGGAGGAGGUCGCCGAGGCAACGACAAACGUCGUGGAGCGCUGGAUGGAACUGAUCGAGAGCGUUUGGGAUCGUCGCUGGGUCGAGGCCCGAUGACCGGUAUAGCUGCUCCAGCGAUAUGCUCUUCGACUUCAGCGACGCUGGCAACGGUACAGUCUUCCGAAGACGGCGACUCGCCUUCCCGCUCUUCUUCUUCGCCGUCAUCGACUUUCUGGCAGACGCGUUCCGUGCGCCACCUCAGCAGCAAAGUGAGGCGCGCGGCACACGCGAUCACUCGCACAUCCGGUGAAAAGCACGUCGUGCGCUUCUCGUCGGGGUCGAAGAUGCAAGCGUGCAAAACGAGAGUCUCGAGACGAAAGAGAGGCGACGUUGAUGAUCGAGGAUGCGAUACACUGCGUCUGGACAAUCUCGAUCAGCUCGAUAGCAUCGUCACGGAGCACGAGUACCAUCAUAUUUAUUCGAGCCAUGGCCUUCGAGAGGCUGGUCAGUUGCAGCAUCCAUCGGACGUAGGGCCGACGGAGCCCGUGCUGUUGGACUGGCGUUCGUCUCGUUCGAGUUCCCAGUCAGAGUCUGCGCGCGAGUGUAGCAGCAUCAAUAUACGUAAACAAGAGACCAGUGUCGCUCGUCCAGACACGGCCACCGCCUCGAGACGCUAUAGCCGAACAGGGCGAUACACCAUCGACCUUGACAUGUUUGACACGUUCACGUACAUUUCGACGCCAGUGCUGGGCGGCGACAACUACUCGGACCACGAGCAGCGCGACCCCAGCAGCCUCUCGUCCGCCAGUGAUAGCGAAACGAAGCAGCCAAGCAGCUGA